CGACUAACACCACCUGAAUGGCUCUUCCCCUCUCCUCCAGAACCUACCUCCUCCUCCUUCGAUCAACGUCCACCGCUCCGUCGUCUCGGCUAUUCUACGCCCGCCCUCAGUCCACUCUGCCAUCGCCGCCUAAUCACGCCGACCUUGCCGACGAUCAUUCCACCGACCCUUUGCUCCGUAAGCUCGAGGAUGCGAUUCACAGGAUCAUCGUCCGCCGCGCCGCACCCGAUUGGCUCCCGUUCAUUCCAGGUUCUUCCUACUGGGUCCCGCCUCAUAGAUCUACCGCCGGUAUUGCUUCCUUGGUUGAGAAACUGGCUAGUCCCUUGACCGACGAGCAGUCCCUCUCCACCACCACCAUCCACAGCUGGCCCUCCUCUGACCCUUUGUGCACACACGAUUGA